AUGAGGAUGUCCGUCAGUGAAGGUGUUCGGGCCCGUCCCCCCUUUUCAAAGUGUCAAAGGGGGCCACCUUGGCGAGGCCCUAGUCCCCGAGCCAGGCGGGGGCGUUUGCAAAAUUGCGAUGCGGGUCAAUGGGCGGUUGUCAUCUCUUUGCCCCCUCCUGCUGCAGGGCCAGGCCGGAAACGGAAACCGGCCCCCAGGGACCCUGCUGGCCCUGCAAUAAAUGCCCCGAAGGGCCCCACACGUCAGGUUGACCACGCCCGGUUUUACGUUUGGGCGCACGUUCAGGCCAAGCACCCCCAGGGGGUUCCCCUCAUGCCGGCCUCUGUCACAGUCCCACCAGUGCCGGUUUUAUGGCCGCUGCAGGCCCCUGUUGAACGUCCCCCGCCCUCAGGGCUUGAAAUUUGGGGAAAUGAACUUCUGAAAAGGGUGGGGGAAAGGGCCCUUUUGGGAAACCCUUGGGGUCCAAAGCCGUUACCUGGCAUGAAUACAGUAAAACCCGAGAGGGGGCCCGGGCCCCUAGCCCAUGGGGUGUUGCAAAUCAAACCCCCCCGGGUUAAACCCCCGCAAUGGCCCCGCGCCCUUUUCCCCUUGUCAGGGGGGCAGAGGUUCAGUGUGGUUUUAGAGUUUAAAAACCCCAAAGAGAACCCGAAGCCAUGGCUGUUCCAAAG